GUAAAAUAUUUUUAAAGAAUAACUUUAAUUGCGUAAACAUAAGAACAAUUUGUAAAGUUAAAUUUUGCUAUUUGCAGGGAAACGCGAUGCUCUUAUUGUCAUUCUUCGCAACAACGGUGAUGAGUUUUCCGGUUGGUGAUAAUUAUAACAAACAUGUAUAUAUGUAUAAUCAUUUCCCUGCGCAAUAUGUUCAUCAAAUAAUGCCUUUGCAUGUAAGACAAAAUAGAGCCAAUUAUGUUGGAGAAGGAAACAUUUAUAUCAAUAAUAUGGAGUUACAUAAAACCGAACAAGAUGAGCCCAGAGAUAAUCAAUUUUCAGAAUCUCAUAUUGAAUAUUUCAAACCUAAUCAUGAAAGUGGAUAUGAACUGCAAAAGAGUCACGGUGCUGAAUUGAAUGGCGAAGGAGGAGGUGGACAAGCCGUACACCACGGUCAGAUAUUAGAUCGACACAUACACGAAGACGCGCACAAAACGGUGACGAUUAUAAAGAAAGUUGCGGUGCCGUAUCCUGUAGAAAAGACCAUCCGAUAUCCCGUGAUCAAGAAGAUACUGUAUCCGGUCAAAGUGCCGAUUCCGCAGCCGUACGCGAUCGAAAAAGAGAUACCGUAUCCUGUGAAGGUCAUCGUCAAAGUUCCCGUGAAGAUUCCGCGGCCGGUACCGGUCAUCAAGGAGAUUCCGUAUCCGGUUAAGGUGCCCGUGGACCGUCCUGUUCCGGUGAAGGUGUACGUCCCGGAACCGUAUCCCGUCGAGAAAAGGAUACAUUAUGAAGUGAAGGUCCCCGUACCGAAGCCGUUCCCCAUAGAACGAAAGAUACCGGUGCCGGUGAAGAUACCGGUGCGUGUACCGCAGCCCUAUCCAGUUGAGAAAGUCGUUCACUAUCCCGUGAGGAUCACGGUGGACAAACCAGUACCGGUUCCGGUACCCAAGCCAUAUCCGGUAGCGGUCGCAAAACCAAUUCCGUAUCCUGUUGAGAAACCGGUUCCGGUUCCGGUCGAAGUAAAGGUGAUAAGGCCAAUACCCGUUCCGGUGGACAAGCCGAUACCGUACGAAGUAAGGAUCCCGAUACCAGCGCCUUACCCGGUCGAAAAAAAGGUACCGUACGCCGUUGAAAAUUUCGUGCCUGUACCGGUAAAAAUACCGAUCGAGAGGCCUGUACCGAUUCAUGUGACUAAGCCAGUUGAGUACCACAUCGAGAAACCUGUUCCUUAUCCGGUUAAGGUGCCGGUUGCGGUGCCAAUACACGAAGGCGGUACGGAGAGUGCCAAAUACGAGGAAUACGGUCGAAAUACACUACAUGAAAUACACUCACGAAAAUAA